AUGGAUAUCAAGUGGAAUUUAACCGUGAGCGAGAGAACUGAGAAACUCGUCUCAGCCGGCGCCGACUUGACUAUCCUGCAUGAGGCGCAGAAGAUCCUGAGCCCCGAGGUAGCCGAGCGGGUCGCCGACGAACUCACUACGGAGGAGCAAAAGGAGAAGGUGUUUGAGGGGAUCCAUUGCGUCGCAGCUGUUGAUAGCUCUUCGUUUGCCUUUGAGACCUUGGUCGACAUGUACCUGAUGUCUUACAAGCUCAAUGAGGACCAGAAAAAGGCGAUUGAGAAUCUGAGCAGCGAGGUUAAGGAGUUGCGUGAGCAGAUACAUAGGCAGCGCAUCAGGUUUGAUGUAUUCAACUUGCUCCAAUCAUUCGGCUGGAAUGAAUCAAUGUUUUCAAGCUACGAAGAGUUGCGUCAUCCAGAUGAAGCAAGCAUCGCGAGUAACACAGAGUUGAGCCCGAAAAGUGUGGAGGUGAUCACGGAUAUCGUCCGUUACCUCACAUUGAGGAAUACUGUGGGCGCAUAUUGCCAUUGCUGUGGCACUCAAUCCCUGCCCAUGUUCAGCAUUAUCCACAUGUUCGAGCUCGUGCGGCAGCUGGACCAGGACUUCCACAACGAGCUAGAAGAGAUCUGCGCGUUGCUUAAUACCCAGGAAGGGAGUUCAGGAGGUGGGGACAGCCCGGAGUACCUAGCAGUCUCGGAUGUGGCAGCUCCACAGCCGCUGAACCAUGUGGGCACUGGUCGUUCCUUCCCGGCCGAAUCUCAACUUCACCUGCUCCUGCCCACCGACCAUACCCAACUCUCCAGCGGGGAAGUUGCCUAA